GCAACGUGUCUCCCUGGUGGUUUGGUGGACACUUGUUGAUCUUCUCUGGCGAGGAGAAUGGAACCGCAGGGAGUGUUUUGUUUGCCUAUGACCACGACAGCGACUGCAUCAUCCCCGGCUGUGAAUGGCGCAGCAUCUAUAGUGCUCAGGUCAUCAACUCCAACUGGGAGUUUUCCAAGGCGCUGACACUUCGGUCUCCCGGACUCUGGUUACUGCCCUUGGCUGCAUGGCACUUUCCCAAACGCUGGCACUGCGUCGUGUUGCCGUUGGCUUUCGUGGCCAUUGCGCUUGCUUCUGGCAACGCGGCAUCUGCGGCCGGCAGUUAUGAAGCCUUGAUCAGCGUGGUAAAGCAUAACCCAGACAUGAACAUUCCUCACAUAGGAGAAGCGCGUGCAGAGAUUGAAGUGCUUGAAAGUGGUCGCAUGAGGGGUCGCAUGAGGACCUGGUUCACCACGCAUUUCGUGAAUAUUUUGCUGGGCGGAACCGUUGAAUCCGCGGAAGCCUUCGGCAAUCAAGUGCCAAUGUUCUACCAGACUUUCGGGCAUCUCUACCAAGAUGCCUCUGGAAACAACUUUUCUCUGCCAAAUGACGCGCUGCUGGGGUAUGCUAUACCUGGAAAUUUGGAGCAUAUGUAUCCUACCUUUGAUGGUGGUUGUCACCCGCAAGAAGAGAACGGGCUGCUCAUCGCCUACAGUGUCGGAGAAGAUUUCUUGGUCCCAGUGAUUUGUUUGAGAUAUGCCUCUGGAGGUUUGAUCUUGAAAGCGUUGCAGGACAAUGACCUGGUCUCGACCCUCCACACCUGGCGCGCCUCCAGCGACUGCACAACAGGACCCACUGGAGGAACGGCGGCAGAGGACUUUCCGCACGUGGAAUACAAGUUGGCCCCAAGCUGCAGCCCCUGGGAUCUUGGAGCUCCGUCGGCCUGUCCCCAGCUGGCGCCGGUGGAAUGCGCUGCGGUAGGCUUCAGCUGGUCCUGCUUCGCUGCCGUGAUCGUUCUUGCGCUGAUUUGGUGA